CACCCCGGCAGGAAGCAGGAAAUGUAAAUGUUCGGGUGAAGCAGGGAGCCGGCCGAAGCGCCCCUCAGGUGGAAACUCCGCCAAGGGAACAUGCGAAAGCAAAGCCUCCUUGCACUGCUUUCUGCCCUGUCACUGGCUGGGGGAUCUGCUGGCAUGGGCUCUGAAAAUGAUGGUUCAGGAGAUGGAUCACCAAUAUUGUCCACCAUCACGGUAGCGCUUCCUCCUACUACAUUUUCUUCAACUGUGGAUGACCAUGAGCCAGUACUUGUUACUGCAAGAGCUACUGAAAGUGGCUUUGAAGCAAAGAGUACUCCAAGCACUGAAUUGGAUGCCAUGAACAAUCAGGACAGCCUAGAAGCAACAGAACAGUCUAUCUUGAUAUACGUUGUCCCCGUCGUGCUGCUGAUCCUGCUCAUUUUGCUGAUCAUAUUUUUUGUAAAACAUCAUAAAAGGAAAAAGUCAAAGCAAGAUGAGCUGGGAAGUGAAAAUGUGAAAAGUCCUAUUUUUGAAGAAGACACACCCUCUGUGAUGGAGAUAGAAAUGGAAGAGCUUGAUAAAUGGAUGAACAGCUUGAACAAAAAUGCUGACUGUGAAUGUUUGCCCACUGUAAGAGAAGAAGAAAAAGAAUCAAUUGCCAACCCAAGUGAUGGUGAAUCAUGACAUCAGAACAGCAAAGAAUCGGCUAAACGAAAGCAGUUCACAAGCUAACAAUUCCCCAGAUGUUGGAUGAACUGGAUUUAAAUAUAAUUCAUCUCAAAAGGACAGAGAAGCAAAUGCUUUUGUUGUAUCCUGCUUUAGUCUUCAGAAAGGAAACAUCACCAAGGGGAAAAAAAAAAACCACAAGAAAAAGUACUACAGUAAGAUUAGAGGCUGAUUUAAAUUCCUUCUGUGAUCAUCACAAAUUAAGGGAAGCCUUUUUUUUUUCCCCUCUAAAGGUUUUCAAAAUAGUCAUAGUUUCUGUCUAUCUCUUCAGUUGUGUAUCAUUCAGAACCACUUCUGUUCCAAAUUGGGUGGGUUACUUGUUAUACUUUGUGGGUGUUUGGUUUCUUAAAAAUAUAAACAGCAUCUACAGUUUUGGGGUACCCUGGUUUGGUGGAUGUGAAGCUCAUGCCUAUACAAUGUGGGUUUUUUAAUUCGCUUUUUGGUAAAGGUGCACUGAUUUGCACAGGACUUCUGCUGGGGAAGUACCAGACUAGGACUGCCAGACCAGCUCUGAGGACAGGCAGAGCAGCUGAAAAGCCUCUCAUGCAUUUGGCAGAAGUGACUGCAGCCCACAGGGAGUGCAUGGUCUUUGUAGAAUGCUGUUUGGUUUUCAAAUUAAAGGCAUUAUAGAAGAGAAAAACAUUAUUUCAAGAUUGCCUUUCAGUUCAUUAUCUCCACAGAUUAGUACCCUGGGCUAGCUUUCACCAUUUAACCCUUCUCCCUGCCCAGUGCUGUUCUCUAACAACCUCCUAAUUCAGGAGUAUUCCACUUGAAAAUAUUUCUUUUUUAAAAACAAGAGGCUGAAGAAUUGAACAACUCAGUACCUUUACCAAACACAUUUAGAUAAAUAUGUUACACAUAACUACUUGAUCAAAGUAUUUAGCUGCAAUAAGGUUUCUGCUUCUUCUGCUUUUGAGUAUUGACCGUGAAAUAUCUGAAAGACAUUGACUUCUAAAUGUGCUUGGUCACCUUUAAUUACGCUGAAAAACUCAGACUCCUGAGAUACCUCAAGGUGAGACUAUAAAUAUUGUAAUUGUGUCCUUUGAUUGUAGAUGGCGUGUCCCUUAUGAAUGUAGUUUAAAUAUUUAACAUAUGUGAAAGUGGAUCCUUGACUGUGUAAAGCUUCCCUCACCUUAUUUAAAAAAUUCACAUCCUUCCAUAUCUUAUAACCUACCCUAUCAUAUCGUGCCUAUCCUCAUCUUCUAUUUAAUUUUUUUCCCCCCACUCAAUACAUGUUUAAUAUGAUCAGUUUUGUUUUGCCUGUAAAUAUUUCACCAGUGUGUUAUUGCGCAUACCUUGGUUAAAGAGAGCAAACAAACACCCCAAGCCUCUGGGAUGAACGGCUGUGUCACCAACAGCUGACAAAUACAGAAGAGGGUUCAGCUUUGAGAAUAACUGAGGACAUGUUGAAAUAUAAAAAGAAUGUUUACAGCUUAACCAUACUAAUUCAUUACUGAAUAUGAUUUUACUAGUCAUUUUCUCCAAGAAUAAACUGUUUCUUCAUU